AUGAUGCUACUAUUGCGACGACACAUGAAAAUACAGGCAUUCAUUGAGCACCUGUCCGGUCGAGACAUUGGUUUCUAUUGCUAUGACUUGUUUCCAAUGAAUAACUACGAGUUCUUCACAUAUUUAUUAGUUAGUAAUAAAAUGAGUGCAAAUACAAGCAAGGACGUAAAAACCGUUGAGAAUGACUAUACAAUGAUCCAGAGGGGGUCCACACCUCCUAAUAUCAAACAAAAAUGCCAUUCCUUAUGUGGACUGUAUUUAGGAGGCGUUUGGACGGAGGUAUCCAUCGAUGACAUCGAAGUGAAGCGACUGAGCGGUGGUUUCAGUAAUCAGUUAUACUAUUGCGGUGUCAAUGAAGACCAUAGAUGUGAUGACACUGAUGUACCACAAGAAGUGGUGAUAAUCUUAUAUCAGGAGAAGCUGUUCAAAAAUGUAAGCACCGAUGGCAGCAAUCGGCUUAAGGAUACAGUGGUGGCGCUCAUGAUGUCUGAACACAAUUUGGGGCCAAAAGUGUACGGCAUCUCAAAUGGGGGACAAAUCAUGAGUUAUCAUAAGCACAAAAACUUUCGCACCGAAGACCAAAACAACCCAAAACUGGUGACAGAGUUGGCCCAGAAGUUGGCCAAAAUGCACGCCAUGUCUGUCCCCAUCCGGAAGUCAGGCAACAGUUUCUUUGACGUCAUUUUCGACUUAAACAACGAGGCGUUGGAUAAGUUUGACUUGAAAUCACUGAUCGAUGAAUGCGAUUGUAAGACAUUAAAGGCAUACGAUAUGAGACAGGAGUUGGAGUGGCUUAAGAGGAUUAUCACCGAAACUGAUUCCCCAAUAGCCUUCAGUCACAUAGACUUCCGGGGAUCCAAUAUAAUGGUCACAGAAUCUGAUGGCAUAGUGAUUAUCACCGAAACUGAUUCCCCAAUAGCCUUCAGUCACAUAGACUUUCGGGGAUCCAAUAUAAUGGUCACAGAAUCUGAUGGCAUAGUAUUCUGUGAUUUUGAGCACUCGAGCUAUAACUACAGGGGCUAUGAUUUUGGUAGUCUAUUCAUGGAGUGGGGCAGAGGUAUGAGUCAGUUCGCCCCGAAAACCCCUUUCCCCUCCGACCAGAAUAUUAUGCCAUUCAUUGAGUGCUAUAUCGAGGAAUCGGUGAAACUAUUGGGCGAAGGGUUUCGAAGGGAUGACAGAAAUUCUUGUGAACACAUCCUUAAGGAAGUCAAAGUGUUUUCAAUUGAACCCUUCAUACCUGGUGUGGAGUUUGAUAAAAAGCGGACAAUGACAAGCGCCGACUUCUGGUUUAAGCUAUACAUUGAUCUUAAAGAUACGCUCAUUAGAGAUAAACUUAUUGUUAAAUAA